AAGGCGUGGACUUGUGUCUCCUUUCCCAAAGUAUCGGACUGGAGAGGAGAGGGGGGUACUGAGAGCAUCAUCGAUGGCGCAGUCAGAGUGAGUAACACUGAGCAGCGACAUUAGCGGCUGAGUUACCCUUCAAUAUAAGCCGUUCAAAGUGGAGCCGGAAAGCAUCAGGACAUCAUCUGGACGGGAGACGGCUGCAUCAGGACUGCAAUGGAGGAGCAGACAGGGACUGGCAGGAUGACUAAAUUCCACUAGCCGCCUUUUGAGGAAUAACGCUGCUACUGAGUGUAAUAGCGAGGGAGCUGACACAGUGGUUUAUACCGCAGAGCUGUGAGAGUGAUUGACCCCCUCAACUUCUCCAUUAGUGUGCUACAGUACGACAGCCAUGCCGCCGCCCGCUGACAUUGUAAAGGUGGCUAUUGAAUGGCCUGGUGCUAAUGCUCAGCUCAUAGAGAUGGACCAGAAAAGACCUUUGUCCUCAAUAAUACGGGAAGUAUGUGAUGGCUGGUCUUUGUCAGGCUCAGAGCAGUUUGCUCUGCGUUAUGCUGACGGCCCUCAGCUUUAUAUCACUGAGCAGAGCCGCAGUGAAAUCAAGAACGGGACCAUCCUUCGGUUAGCCAUUUCCCCUGCUCGUGCUGCUCGUCAGCUCCUGGAGAGGAUCCAAUCCCACGGCAUCGACGCUCGCCUCGAGGCUCUAAAGGAGCUCGCCAAGCUGUCCGCAGACCCAACCUUCGCCACAGAGUUCAUCAACAUGGAGGGCAUCGGCACACUGGCGCGUCUCGUGGAGAGCGGCACCCACUUCGGUGAAAUGCUUGCCUUCACUCUCACUGCCUUCCUGGAGCUAAUGGAUCAUGGCAUUGUGUCCUGGGACCUCAUCUCCCUCUCCUUCAUCAAACAGAUCGCGGGCUAUGUGAACCAGCCGAUGGUGGACGUGUCCAUCCUGCAGCGCUCUCUAGCCAUCCUCGAGAGCAUGGUCCUCAACAGCCACAGCCUCUACCAUCGGGUGGCACAGGAGAUCACCGUGGGACAGCUCAUCGGGCACCUGCAAGUGUCAAACCAGGAGAUCCAAACCUAUGCCAUCGCCCUCAUCAACGCUCUUUUCCUGAAGGCACCAGAGGACAGGAGGCAGGAGGAGUAUACUAACCCGCUGGAGCAGCACCUCACUGAAAUGGCAAGCACUUUGGCUCAGAAACACCUGCGAUCCAUCAUCCUCAAUCAUGUCAUUAGAGGAAAUCGACCAAUCAAAGCAGAAAUGGCACAUCAGCUUUAUGUGCUGCAGGUGUUGACCUUCAACCUUUUGGAAGAGCGGAUGAUGACCAAAAUGGAUCCUAAUGACCAGGCUCAAAGGGACAUCAUUUUUGAGCUGCGUAGGAUCGCUUUCGAUGGAGAAAAUGACCCCACUGGUACAGAGAAGAGAAAGGCCUUGUACACCAAGGACUAUAAGAUGCUGGGGUUCACUAACCAUGUGAACCCGGCCAUGGACUUCACCCAGACUCCUCCGGGGAUGCUGGCUUUGGACAACAUGCUGUACCUCGCAAAGGUUCACCAGGACACGUACAUCAGGAUUGUCCUGGAGAACAGCAGCCGCGAAGACAAGCAUGAAUGUCCGUUUGGCCGGUGUGCCAUCGAGCUCACUCGGAUGUUGUGCGAGAUACUUCAGGUUGGAGAAUUGCCCAAUGAGGGCUGCAAUGACUACCACCCCAUGUUCUUCACUCAUGACCGUGCGUGGGAGGAGUUCUUCUGUGUCUGCAUCCAGCUGCUUAAUAAAACCUGGAAGGAGAUGAGGGCCACAGCUGAGGACUUCAAUAAGGUGAUGCAGGUGGUCCGUGAGCAGAUCACCAGGGCUCUGGCGAUGAAGCCGUCAUCUUUAGACCAGCUGAAGAAUAAAUUGCGAGGCCUCAACUAUUCAGAGAUUCUGCGUCUGAGGCAGUCAGAAAGAAUGAGCCAAGAUGACUUCCAGUCUCCACCAAUCAUUGAGCUGCGGGAGAGAAUUCAGCCCGAGAUCUUAGAGCUCAUCAAGCAGCAGCGACUCAACCGGCUGUGUGAGGGAAGCUGUUUUCGUAAACUGGGGAACCGCCGAAGGCAAGAGAAGUUUUGGUUCUGCAGACUCUCACUGAAUCACAAAGUGCUGCACUAUGGGGACCUUGAUGAGUCACCUCAGGGUGAAGUGCCUUUUGAGCUACUCAGUGACAAGAUCCCCAUCUCUGAUAUCAAGUCUGUGGUGACCGGGAAAGACUGUCCUCAUAUGAAAGAGAAAAGUGCUCUGAAACAAAACAAGGAGGUGCUGGAGUUAGCCUUUUCUGUCCUCUACGAUCCCGAUGAGACUCUUAAUUUUGUUGCACCCAACAAGUAUGAGUACUGCAUCUGGACUGACGGACUGUGCGCGCUACUGGGCAGAGAGAUGGGCAGUGACCUGACACGCAGUGAUCUAGAUACUCUCAUCAGCAUGGAGAUGAAGCUCCGCCUCCUCGACCUUGAGAACAUCGCAAUCCCUGAAGCCCCGCCCCCCGUCCCGAAGGAGCCUAGCUCGUAUAACUUCACCUACAACUACAGCUGAGAUGUGCGUGUGUGCGUGAGUGUUUGCAAUGCAUGUAUGUGCUUGUCAAGGACGAGUAAUCUCGAUCUUUUGAUGAAUUUAGCUGCAGCUGUGCACACCGGGACAAUGUUACUUUGAAUUUUUUUUUUCCAUUUGAGAACCCUGGAGACUUCUUUUCAUCUGUGUUUGUGAUGCUCUAUGGUUCGUCAAAUAGGAGAAAUGUGUUUAUAGCUUCACACAGAGUUCAGAGGUCAGGGUCCACUACAGAGCCGUACUCCUGGAGGUGGCAGAGAUUCAAUGAGUGAAUCCCAUUUAUCAGUGCAGUCUCCAGGCAGCGUCUGGAUUUGUAUUCCCCAUUCUUUGCUAUUUAAACAGAUAAACCUGCCUAUAAAGUUAAGUAAUGUGCCUGAUGGUCUAUAUGGAUGACAAGCUGUAUAAAUUUGCAAAUUAGUCUUCGCUCAAGUAUGUUUUAGUAAAAUCGUGGCUGGUCAGUCAAGCCAUGCUAUGCUAGCCAUGGUAACUUAGCAACAGAAGAUGAAGUGACCACCAUUCUGGCUUUAGUACUGUGUUUACUUCGAUUCUGUCCGUCGCACCUCGUGACAGACAUACUGUGAAACGUGAUACAGAGAAGAGUGAGUGGGCUGAGAGUUUACACACUGACAUGAGAUUCAGCAUGUGUCUUGCUCAAGGUCACUCCAGUAGGAGGGAUAGUUGAUCUCACAGAGGGUCGAACAUGACGUUUCUGGUUUAAGGACGGCCUCCCUAAUCGUAAAACCAUAAACCAUCCUGCUGUCCAUCUUGGUCUCCUUAAUGUUAUAUAAGAUCAGCAGUUCAGUAUUUGAGCGUUCAGAAAAAAAAUGUUGUGCUAAAAUUCAGUGAUAAAGACAAGUACAUAUGUAAUUUAAAAAAAAAUCAGCUAACAUAAAGCACAUAAGCUGGAAGGAUAAUCCCUACUUCUGUUGCGUUUAUCAUGUCUAUCAUACUGGGACACAAAAGCCCAGGGCUACAACUAAUGAUUAUUUUCACAAUCACUUAGUACCCACCAAAUGUUUUCCAGAAUUUAAAUUUCUUGUUUUGUUCUGCUAAAUUUCCUAAACGCAAAGAAACUCAGUUUGCUUUUAUGGAAGACUAAGAUACCAGCAAAUUGUCAUUUUUGAGAAGCUGGAACCAGUGAAUUGUUGUAUUUUGCUUUAAAAAAAUAAAAGACAUAGAUUAACUGUAUAUAUCGAUCAACCAAUCAAUCAUAACACUAAUCAUUUCAGCUGCAUAAAAGUGGUGCUGGCAGCAUGUAUCUGCUACGGCAUGUGUUUACUCAAUAUUGAUGCUGCUCCAGAUCGUUUGACUCACUUCUCUCCUCAGACUUACACACCUUUUCAUAGCCUGUUGAGCAGCGCGAGUAAACAUUUCCCAUUGAUUUGAAUGUGGUGUGUGAGGGUUUUUGACGAUGCCCUUGCCUACUUUAUACAUCCGUGAGUGUGUGUCUGUGUGUGUAUGUCUGUUUGUGCACAUUUUGAGAUUUAGUGUAAGUUGUGUAUGUUGAGAGGAAUAAUCUCAACAUUUCAGUAGUAUGAUGUUCAUGGAAGUCAGGGCCAAAGCACUGACAUCCAGCACAUUAAAAAACUUAAAUGAAAGGACUCUUUUUGUUGAAUCAUAGUCACUGCAUUGCCUUAUCAGUCAUACACUCAAUUUAUAGUUUGUUUAAUAUGAGCAUUUACACGCAGUAUAUGAAUAACACACUAUAAUGAGUGUGUACUAACUCUUUUUGUCUUAAACUAUGAUUUCUCCUAUGAAGCAUUCAUAACUGGUGUCUGAUGUUAAUGAAUGUUUGAUGAACAGUAUAACAUAGCUAAUUAAUAAUAUAUAAUCAUAUAUCUUCAAUAUUAUCUAUUAGUCAUAUGUUGGCUUACAGUAUUUUAACAAUACAGUAACAAUUUUACAGUGUCUUUAUUAACUGUUUACAUGAACGAUGUACUGUAUACAUGUAGGAUUAAAACUAUAUGUAGGUGUAUGUACUGACAAUAUAUGAUUAUGUCAUGUUAUACUGUGUAAUCAAAUGUUCAUUCACUGUUCAUACACCAGGUAUGAAUGCUUCAUAGGAGGAGUAACAACUGUUAAACAUAGACAUUGAUAAACACUUGCUAUGCUUCAUUCUACAUGAAGGCGGCAUGGUGCACAGUGGUGGUCCAGUGGAUAGCACUGUGGCCUCACAGCAAGAAGAUCCCGGGUGGCUGUGUGGAGUUUGCAUGUUCUCCCCAUGUCUGCGGGGGUUUCCUCCGGGUACUUCGGUUUCCCCCACCAUCAAAAACAUGUCAGGUUCUUCAGUCAGUGCGAUUGACCAGUGACACUGAUAUAGAUCUGGAGUUGGUCCCUGGGCGCUGCACAACGGCUGCCCACUGUACCCUUGAGGGAUGGGUUAAAUGCAAAGAAUAAAUUUUGCUAUAUGUGACAAUAAAAUUACAAUAAAGUACCUUUCUCUAAUAAAUUGCUACAUUAUAGUGUGUCAUUAACCAUUUAGUAUUUGUUUAUCUACUGCUUAUAAAUGCUGAAUUGGGUUUGGGUUAAAAUAAAGUGUUACCAUAUUAUAGUGAUUAUAGUGACAAGUUACGGUGGUGUUUCUCUUCGGUACAACCAUUUUGUUUAAAACAAACUUACCUUAUAUUCCAAGAGAUGCCCCUAGUGUUAGAAUUAAUCAGCAGUUUUGAGGCUUGAUUUCAGAUUUUUAUCACAUCAAAUGGGGACAAAAGAGCAGCUUUAUUUUCCUGUUUUGGUUGACGUGCCAGAAGCACGACCCUCAAAUGAACUGAAGCAGGUCAGAAAUAGCUGAGUGACACAGCAUCGGGCAUUGGGAGCAUUUAGUCCUGCUCGUGUAACAUAUGAGCAUACAGUUUGUGUGCUUUGUAUACAGUGAUUUAAAUUAUAGUACUAUUGCUUGAUGUCAUUUUCUUAUUUCCAUUGUGUUAUUGGUUCUAAACAUUUGUCACUUAAUGUGCUGUCAACUUCUAAACCAUUACUAAUCACUGCUAUCAUUUGUUAAAGCAGAAUAGAAGUAUAUUUUUGUAAAUGAUUGUACAAUCUUCUCAGCUGUGAAGAGAAUGGGUAUCGAACUAGCAUAGCAUUUUCACUUUGCGUCAAUCUGUACAGUGCAUUCAACAUGCUCAUUACAGUGGAAGGACAUUUCACACUGAAAACACAUUUUUUAAAGCACCCCAUAUUGUUUAGGAACGACACCCACUCCAGCACCUAAUGAUGAUGUCAGUGUUAUUGUAUCUUUUAUUGUUAAAGGGAAUAAUACAAGUUCCCAUUCUUGUUGUGAAAAGGAAUAUAUUUGAAAUGAUUUUUUUUCAAAUAAUGUUUUUCAGUUUGAUUUUUAACUGAUGUUGAAGAUUUUAAAGGUUCCCUGUGAAGUUUUUUUUAACUAAUAGUGCUAUAAUAUCCUUGUCUUGUUUAUUUUGUGUGAAAUGCAGCAAUACGCCAACAAAGGCAGGGUAGAAGAAGACUGCUUGCUAGUAAAUACAGAUGUAAACAAUACAGGAUUUUAAAUACAUAAGAAUACCUUGUGCAAAUGUUGUAUGGAGAAGGAAAUGUGUACAUUCAACACAUUUGUUCCUCAAAGACACACAUAAUGUGUUCUAGUGAGGAACACUGAAUUUAAACACACCUGUUUGCACAAACAUUUCUGUUUGCAAGAAAACUCCACAGGGCACCUUUAACUGCUUAAAGGGGUUAUUCUUCAUUCCAGUAAGUCAUCGAACCCUUAAGCUGCUCUCAGAAAAUCACAACUGCAGCUAAAAUAUAUCAAUACCACAGUGAGCAACGGAUUGUUGCAUUGGAUGUACUAAUAGUAUGACUUGAAGUUUUCGCAUCUGGUACUCUUUUUUUCUCAAACUAUUUAUUUACACUUGCUAGUGAUGGUAAAGAAUGCCAUGUUGUUAAGAAAUAACAACAAAAUCUAAAUAUGGUAUACAUAUAGAUCAUUGUAUGUAUAUACAGUAUUGUGUUGCCUUAUUGAAGAAAAUGUAUUAUGUUUUGUGUGAAUAAAUACAAAGUCUAACUACUGUUGAAAA